ACUACCACUGAUAAGAGCUGUUCUCCAACCACUAUUGCCGUCUAUCAUCAACAGCAGCCAAUACCUAUCAUCGAUUUCGUCGAUAUCGUCCAUCUUCUACCCGCCUCGUGGUGCCACCAGCCGUCCUUCCGCACAUCGGGUGAUCUUGCUAUGGUUUCUCUAUUUCUGCCUCCUAUAACCAUAGCACCAUGAGGUCGUCGCGAUCUAUGGGCGCAACCGCCUCGGCGUGGUGGGCCGCCCUCCUCGUUCUAGCCACUAUUCUCUCGACAGCGCCAACGGUACAUGCAAAAGACGAACCUACUGUUGUAGUCACCGAGUUCGACAGCCUUCCAGGCUUUCCCGAGUACUUCCCAGGCUCCAAUGUCGUCUUAUUUCGCGAAAUGAACGCGCCUCAUAUGGUAUGGCGAUCCACUGAUGGCGGUGCCACAUGGGACAAGACUAAAGGCAUAGACCAUGGGGAGAGUAUUGCCCUUGUGAUGCACAAGUACGAUCCAGAUCGCGCAUACGUAUUGACAUACGGCAACGUACACUGGAGGACAUCAGACAAGGGAGAGAACUGGGAAAAGUUCUAUACUGCUGCCUACACCAGCAAGAAUACAGAUACCUGGCUGACCUUCCACGCCGAUGAUCCCGACAAAAUCUUAUUCACUGGUAUGGAAUGUGAAGGCUUCUUCUGCGAGGAUCUCACCCUGUAUACUACCGAUGGUUUCAAAGAGAAGGCACAAAUACUCCGCAAGCAAACACAGAGUUGUCAGUGGGCCAAGUCGUCUCCGGUCUUCACUUCGGGCGAUUCUAAACUAGAUGAAACCCGAAUACUAUGUAUUGUAAGACCGGGCAUAUUCUCACUAGAUGAUAACCGACUCUUCGUGUCCGACAAUUACUUCAAGAGCCUCGACGAUGGUGAGACGCUAGAUGAGAAAGAGGUUAAUCUUAGCGGCAAGGGACCGGUUGAGGGCGUUGUUAGCAUUCUCGGAGUCAAGAAGUACUUUUUGGCAGCUAUAUCCUCCCCUAAAAGUACCGAAAUGGCGCUUUUUGUGACUGAUGAUACCAAGGUCUGGCAUCGCGCUGUCUUCCCACAAGACCAUCAGCUCGUUCAAACGUCAUACACGGUUCUUGAAAGUACAAAUUACAGUAUUCAGAUUGAUGUUCGCUCAGGCAAGCGCACAUCUGCUCCCAUGGGUACAUUGCUCACUAGCAACUCGAACGGCACCUAUUUCACGAGGAAUGUCGAGCAUACAAACCGUAAUGGUGAAGCCCACGUCGAUUUCGAGCAAGUCACUGGGAUUCAGGGUGUUUACCUAGUCAACCAAGUUGAUAAUUGGGAAGACGUACUAGGAAAAGAACAAGCUAAGAAGAAGAGUACAACAAAAAUCACCUUUGACGAUGGCAGGAGUUUCGAGGUCAUCAAAGCAGAUGACGAUCUUAUACACCUCCACUCGAUGACAGAACAGAGCAAUGUUGGUUCGGUCUUCUCGAGUCCUGCCGCUGGUCUGGUCAUGGGCAAUGGCAAUCGCGGCAAAUUCCUGAAAGAUUAUUGGGAAUCUAAUCUUUUUAUCUCUGACGAUGCCGGAAAGACCUGGAUCGAAGGACCCAAGGGCCCGCAUAAGUAUGAGUUUGGUGACCAGGGCUCAGUUCUCCUAGCUGUGCAGGACAGUAAAAAGGUAGAUGUUCAAGAGAUCAAAUACUCACUGGAUCACGGCCUGAGCUGGAAAACCACAAAACUACCCGACGAUCUCGCCAUCCUUCCUUGGGUACUAACAACAACGCAAGACUCGACUAGCCUAAAGUUCAUCCUCACUGCUCAAAAAGGGACUGAAGAAUCACCUAGUUUUUGUGUGGUAUCUAUUGAUUUCGAAGGUUUGCACGAGAACACGUGCAAGAAGUCCGACAUGGAAGAUUGGUACGCCCGAAAAAAUGACGACGGUAAACCUGGUUGUGUGAUGGGGCAUACGCAAAAAUUCCAGCGGCGUAAGAAAGACGCAAAGUGCUUUAUUAAGGAAGAAUUCAAUGGGCUACCGCAAGACACGACCCGUUGCGAAUGCACAAGUGUCGACUUUGAGUGCGAUUUCAACUUUGUACGAGAUGGUGAUGAAUGCAAGCUAGAAGGUCGAGUACUUGCCCCUCAAGAUGCUUGUACAUCCGAUGACCCUGACGAGAAGUUUAUGGGUUCGUCUGGCUGGCGCCUUAUCCCAGGAAACCAGUGCAAACGCACAGAGGGUAAACAAAAGGACGACAAGAAGGAGUGGAAAUGUUCUGAUGCGAAAUCACGGCCGAGCAACUCCACUAGUGAAGUCGAAGUCACUAGCAAAGUAUUCGAGGGAUCCUAUAAUCAGUUCGAGAAACACUAUCUUGAGCGCGGCGAGAAUAGCAAUUCCGAUGACGAGACAGUCAUUGCACGACCUGAAAAUGUACUAGGCAGCGCCGGUAGCAUUUACAUCACCCACGACCACGGCAAAACCUGGGCUACACCAAAAGAGCUCAAAGAUAAAGAUAUUUUCGGCAUUGUGACUCAUACCUACGUCAAAGAUAUGGCUUUUUUCCUCACCACCAAAAAGGAGGUAUACUAUACAACUGAUCGAGGCAAGAGCAUUGAUUCAUUCAAAGCACCAGAUCCAUUAGACCGACAAUCUCCGAUGUCACCUCUUUCGUUCCACCCUAAUCGACCGGAAUGGCUCAUAUGGCAUGGUCAGAAAUGUACUGGUGAUAAAUGCUAUAUCGAAGCUUCAUUUUCAAUGGAUCGUGGCGACAAUUGGCAGACUCUGAAGCGCUACGUGGACCGUUGUGAGUUUAGCGGCUCUGAAGCAUAUAAGUUUCGCCCUAAGGCCCAGAUCAUAUGCUCGGCCAGAGCACAAGAAAGCAAUGAUGCCGAAAACAACCCACUCCAACUGGAGUAUACAAAUGAGGUUCCCAACGUUGAGUUUAUUGUGGCUUUGGAUCAUAUCACUAAAUUUGCGCUCAUGGCUGAGUUCAUCGUAGUGGCAACUGAAAACACGACCGAGGGAACGUUAAGUGCGUUAGCCAGUCUUGACGGAAAGACGUAUGCACACGCACACUUCCCAGUCAACUUUCAGGUCCCUCAUCAAAAUUCAUACACUGUCCUUGACAGUUCUACACAUGCUGUUAAUCUUUUUGUUGCUACGGAAACGGAAAAAAGUCGUCGGUAUGGCUCAAUCCUGAAAAGCAACUCCAACGGCACGUCAUACGUCAUGAGCAUUUCUGGUGUCAACGCAAAUGACGCAUGGUAUGUUGAUUUUGAAAAGAUGUUGGGCUUGGAGGGAGUCGUGCUCGUAAAUACUGUCGCGAAUCAAGACAGUGACUCAGAAGUGAAGAAUCUCCAAACUCGAAUCAGCCAUAACGAUGGUGCCCUGUGGUCUUACCUUCCCCCACCUCAAAAGGACUCUGAAAACAAGCCGUACACCUGCUCCAGUCGAGAAGGCGAUGCCUUCUGUGCUCUCCAUCUCCACGGCUACACCGAAAGAGCAGAGCGUGGGACAGCAUACUCUUCCGAAUCCGCCAUCGGACUGAUGUUCGGGAUCGGAAACGUCGGGCCUAUUCUUGGCAACGCAAAAGAGGCCGAUACGUUCAUGACACAGGAUGCCGGCUUGACUUGGAAAGAAGUGAAGAAGGGUACCUGGAUCUGGUCAUUCGGUGAUCAAGGUUCUCUCAUUGUGCUCGCCCAGCGAAACACAAAAACUAAAUCAGUCUCUUAUUCGCUUGACCGUGGCGAAUCAUGGAAAGACAUGGAAUUCACCGAUUCGGACGUGACUAUUGCUGAUAUCACCACUUUACGAUCAGGGGCUUCUCGAAACUUUCUCCUCUGGGGUUAUACAGGCGAGGACUUGAUCACGUUCAACCUUGACUUCUCUGGGCUCAGUGAUAGACCGUGUGUACACGACGAAGACGACCCAAAUAAGUCCGACUAUGAGCUAUGGUCUCCAGAGCAUCCAUUACAACCCGAUGGCUGCUUGUUUGGGCACAAAAAUUGGUACCUCCGCAAAAAGACAGAUAGAGCCUGCUACAAUGAGCGAAAGCUGCAGCAGGUAUAUACGUCUAAGACGUGCGAGUGUACGCGGGAAGAUUAUGAAUGUGAUUAUAAUUAUGAGCUCGACGCUCACAAUUAUUGUACUCUUGUCGAUGGCCUUCAACCUAAAGACCCAGAAGAGGUGUGCCGCGAGAACCCAGAGUUGGAUGAGUAUCCUGAACGUUCCGCUCUCCGCCGCAUUCCCUUGUCAACAUGCAAGGGCGGCGCUUUUGACCCAGAGAGAGUCUUCAAGUAUCGCCCAUGCCCUGGCCACGAGGAAGAAUUUGAGAAGAAACGUGGUGUGUCAGGAGUAGCCAUCUUCUUCGCUGUGGUCAUUCCAAUCGCCUUUGCCGCCUUGGCGGGCUGGUGGGUUUACAGUAACUGGCAAAGCAAAUUUGGCCAGAUCCGCUUGGGCGAGCAGGGUAGCCUGGACCAGGACUCGCCGUGGGUCAAAUAUCCCGUCAUUGCCGUAUCGGCUAUCGUCGCCGUCGUUGGUGCGCUGCCCUUGGUAGCCUCUAGCGUCUGGCGAACGGUAAGUUCCGCGGCAUCGAGACUUAGCGGCAGAGGGGACAGUGGUGGUCGUUACAGUUGGUUACGGUCGAACGGCCAGCGCAGGUUUACUACGAGAGAUAGCUUUGCCCGCGGGAGAGGUGACUAUGCGAUUGUCGAUGAUGACGAGGGCGAACUUCUGGGCGACGAUAGUGAUGACGAGGCCUGAGUAGAACGUUUGAACAGCCGCGGUGUCGGAUCACGUUAAGGCUGGUUUGGUGGGCUGAUCCAUCGCUCUGUCGUGAACGGUAGCGAACGA